AAGAAAUAUUGGGAGUUUACAACUUUACCCACGGGAGGAACCUACGGAUACCUCGUUUCGAGAUUUGCGGCAGGCAGCGUAUCCUCGGCGGCACAGAUCCCACAUUCAUUGUUAACGGAGACUGACGAGCCGUGUGUGCACAGGCUUCAUCUCCAGACAUUUGGUCCAAAGGUUAGGUCUAAAAACCGCGAAGCUGCUGUCUACGUGGACUGGUGCUGAAGCCUCCCGUCCGACUGCCAGGACCUCUGCCAAAUCCAGAGACAUGGCGACGAACGGCACCAAAACGGAUGGACAAGUCACAGAACUGAACGAGGUGGCCACUAACAAUGACAAGCCCAAGUCACUGGACGUGAAACCCGAAAAGCAGAAAAAGGAAUUGCCCGAUAGGGAAACAUGGGCGGGAAAAUUUGAUUUCCUCCUGUCGUGUGUGGGUUAUGCAAUUGGACUGGGCAACGUAUGGAGAUUUCCCUAUCUGUGUGGGAAAAACGGCGGAGGAGCCUUCUUGAUUCCCUAUUUUUUGACCCUCAUAUUUGCUGGAGUCCCCUUGUUUCUACUGGAAUGCUCCCUUGGUCAAUACACCUCUAUUGGAGGGCUUGGUGUGUGGAAACUGGCUCCUAUGUUUAAAGGUGUGGGCCUUGCAGCAGCUGUCCUGUCCUUCUGGCUUAACAUUUACUACAUUGUAAUCAUUUCUUGGGCCAUUUACUACCUGUACAACUCCUUCACCACUGAACUUCCAUGGAGCUCGUGUAACAAUCCAUGGAACACAGAGAAAUGUUAUACAAACCACUCAAUCGCAGACACCACCAAUCUCACCAGUGCAGUGGUGGAGUUUUGGGAGCGCAACAUGCAUGAAAUAACCGAUGGCUUGGAAAAACCAGGCCAGAUUCGAGUGCCACUGGCAAUAACAUUGGCCAUCGCCUGGGUCCUUGUGUACUUCUGUAUCUGGAAAGGGGUUGGCUGGACGGGGAAGGUUGUUUACUUCUCCGCCACGUAUCCCUACUUCAUGCUGUUCAUUCUCUUCAUCCGUGGGGUGACUCUACCUGGAGCUAGAGAGGGAAUUCUGUUCUAUAUCACCCCUGACUUUGAAAAACUCAAAGAAUCAGAGGUGUGGCUGGAUGCAGCUACCCAGAUCUUUUUCUCAUAUGGAUUGGGAUUGGGGUCACUUAUAGCUCUGGGCAGCUAUAACCCUUUUAAUAACGAUGUUUACAGAGACUCUGUCAUUGUGUGCUGCAUCAACUCAUGUACCAGCAUGUUUGCUGGCUUUGUAAUCUUCUCUAUUGUUGGCUUCAUGGCACAUGUGACAAAGAAAGACAUUGCCGACGUAGCAGCUUCAGGUCCUGGCUUAGCUUUUCUGGCCUACCCGGAGGCUGUAACCCAGUUGCCUGUGUCUCCUCUCUGGGCCAUUCUGUUCUUCUCCAUGCUGCUCAUGCUGGGGAUAGACAGCCAGUUCUGCACCGUUGAAGGCUUCAUCACUGCUCUGGUGGAUGAGUUUCCCAGAGCUCUUAGGGGCAGACGAGAGAUCUUCAUCGCGGCUGUCUGUCUGGUGUCCUAUGUGAUCGGACUUUCAAACAUCACACAGGGUGGACUCUAUGUGUUCAAACUGUUCGACUACUACUCUGCCAGUGGGAUGUGUCUGCUGUUCUUGGUCUUCUUUGAAUGCAUCUCUAUAUCCUGGUGUUACGGUGUGAACAAGUUCUACGACAACAUCCAGGAAAUGAUUGGCUACAAGCCGUGUAUAUGGUGGAAGAUGUGCUGGGUCGUGUUCACCCCUCUCAUUGUCGCCGGGGUGUUCUUGUUCAGCGCCGUACAAAUGGUUCCCCUCAAAAUGGGAGACUAUGUGUUCCCAGGAUGGGGUCAGGGUGUGGGCUGGCUCAUGGCGCUGUCCUCCAUGGUUCUCAUACCAGGAUACAUGAUCUAUAUGUAUCUGGGACUCAAGGGCACUUACAAAGAGCGACUUCGGAUAAUGCUCCAGCCUCCUGCGGUUGUCAGGCGACCUCAGGAGAACGGGCCCGAGCAGCAGGCGGAAACCAACACGGCUAACCUUUCCAGCCCUGCCAAUCCAGCCAAUCCAGCGAGCCCUGCCAACCCAGCUCCCGCAAACCCUUCCAGCCCCACCAAUCCGGCUCCUGUCAACUCAACCAGCCCCGUGACCCCCGCUAACCCGGCUCCUCCGCCAGCAAAUCCAGCCACUGCCGCUAGCCCGGUGAACCCGGCGACUAGUCCCACCCCCGCCGUCACCACCACGGCCACCACCACCACCACCGCGGCCAGUCCGGCAAACCCCACCACCACAACUGUUAGCCCAACCAGCCCGCCGCCCAACCCAGCUAGCCCAACGGAGCCCGUUAACCCCCCAAACCCGACGAGCCCGACCUCCAACCUGACCAAUGCAGAGGCCAACGUGUAGACAACAAAGAAACCCUCAUGGAGCAUGUACAUGUAGACAAAAGAGAACAUUACAAAGGACUUCCAAGAUUUUAAUUGAUUCACCUACCUCCAGGGGCAAUAUGUGAUCAAAACCGAUUUUCAAACCAUGUUUAAUUUUUCUGCAUUUGUAAAACCAAGCCAAUGAUGUCUUAUUGUUGGUUUGCAUUCUGAAAACAAUAUCAAAGACUGUUAGUGUUCGCAAAUACAACCAUAAAUCUGAGGAAAAAAAAGAUGUAAACAUACUGUGUAAUACUGUGAGAAAAGAAAAAAACAUAGAGCUAUAGAUUAGAGAUUUGUUUAAUAUCUUCAUGAAUCAAGUAAAUACCGUGUGAAUAUAGUAGAUGAAGUAGUGAACAAAAUUGACAUCAUUGAAGCGUGCAGGGGAUGGCGUCAAUUUUAUUGUGGAUGUUUACUAAACCUCACACAGUUGUCUCUUUUCCAAACGUUGCACUCUGUGAGGUAAGCUACAGGCCACAAGGCAAACGAGGAGCUCUGAGUAAGCACAAUGCCAAUAAGAAGUUCAUGUUUAGGAGCUCUGGAGCAA